AAUGGACUCGUGCGCAAUUCUUUCUUCCAACAACGGCUCUGACCAAUUCUUACGCUUUUCAAAGCAAUACCAACAAACAAGCAUCUCCUACAGCAACUACGAUUGUUGAGGGACUUGUUGUACAAUUUUGUACUUUUUGCCUUACACGGUCUUCAGUCGACGCGUUUUCACGUAAAGCUCGUUACUGAUCAUACUUUUUUUAAAGCCCUACUGUUCUUCAUUUGACGAGGAACAAUUUUGGCUGUGUUCAGUUGAUUUUUCAACCGCUCGAACAUCCAUUGAUAUUUCGAGUUUGUGUACUUUUUCAGGCGUUCGACGAUACUUUUUAGUUCAUUGUCUUCGCUUACUUUCUCGUGCUCAGGUUUUAUCGCCACGUGUAUUACUUUAUUUCAUAUCUCGUCGUCACAGUUGAAGCAUGACUCCUCAAGCUACUACGACAUCCUCACAGCCCACGGCUCAAAGCGCGUCUAAGCGUGCUGAGAGACAGAAGGUUGGCGGUGUUAUUCCCGUCGUGCCCUCUGUUCCUCAACGUCGUGUGGAUCCCAAUGCCCCCAAGCACAUUAUUGACCAGCCUUGGACACUGACCAAUUGGUACAAGCAUCUCAAUUGGCUUCAUGUUCCGUUGCUUUUUGGUCUUCCUCUUAUUGCUCUCUACGGUAUUUUAACGACCCCGCUUAACGCUAAAACUGCGAUUUUCGCUUUCUUGUACUAUUUUUACAGUGGUUUGGGAAUUACUGCCGGUUAUCACCGUCUUUGGUCCCAUCGCUGCUAUAAGGCUUCCCAGCCUCUCCAACGCUUCCUCGAGUUUGGCGGCGCUGCUGCUUUCGAGGGUUCCAUCCGUUGGUGGUCUCGCGAUCACCGUGCUCAUCACCGUUACACCGAUACGGAUCGUGACCCUUACAGUGUGAAGAAGGGUUUCUGGUACGCUCACAUGGGAUGGAUGAUUAUUAAGCAAAACCCUCAGCGUAUCGGCCGUGCUGAUAUUAGCGACUUGAACGCUGACCCUCUUGUUAUGCACAACCAUAGAAGUUUCCUCAAGAUUGCGCUCUUCGCUGCAUUUAUCUUCCCUACUCUUGUCUGUGGUUUGCUUUGGAACGAUUGGCGUGGAGGUUUCUUCUAUGCUGGUGUUUGUCGUCUUGUCUUUGUGCAUCAUGCUACCUUCUGUGUAAACUCUCUUGCCCACUUGAUCGGUGAUCAACCCUUCGACGACACGAACAGUGCUCGUGACCAUGUCUUGACCGCCUUGGUUACUCUCGGUGAGGGUUAUCACAACUUCCAUCACGCUUUCCCCAACGACUACCGUAAUGCCCUCAAGUGGUACCAAUACGAUCCCACCAAGGUUUUCAUCUGGUUGUGCAGCCUCGUUGGUCUUUCUUCUCAGCUUAAGACAUUCCCGAAGAACGAAAUUCAAAAGGGACUUGUCCAACAAAAGCAAAAGCAGCUGGAUAAGUGGCGUACUCGCCUCAACUGGGGUGUUCCUCUUGACCAACUUCCUGUUAUGGAGUUUGAAGAGUUCCUUGAGCAAAGUAAGACACGUCCUCUGGUCCUUAUUGCUGGUGUUGUUCAUGACAUGACUGGUUUUGACCACCCAGGCGGACAAGCUUUGCUUCGUUCUUCUUAUGGUAAAGAUGCUACUGCUGCCUUCAAUGGCGGUGUGUAUGACCACACAAAUGGCGCCCACAAUCUUCUUGCCAAUUACCGUGUUGCCGUUGUCCGCGGUGGUAUGGAGGUCGAGGUUUGGAAGUCUGGUGCUGGAAAGCAAAUCCCCAUGAAGGACACCGCAGGAAACGGUAUUGUUCGCAGUGGCCAGCAGAUCACUCGUACAGCCGUUCCUGUCGAGGCUGCAGCUGCUAAUUAGUUCAGUCGUCUCAUGGGAUAGACAACACCCUCAAUUGCCGCUCGUCCUUCUUUCUGACUAUUACAAAUUCGUGGCCAUUUCUAGCAGUUGAGGCCCAAGCCAAUUAUGACAUCUGCCAAACAAACAUGCUAUAUUAGACGACUUUUCGAGUUGAACCGAGCUCGUCAUCAAGCUGCUCUUCCUCAAACCUGCACGUGUGCAAACGAAUGGUGCGGUUGAAUAAGGUCCGGCUUUCAACGCUGUGAUCUUUUUAUCGCUUCGUCCGUGGUUUUCCCCUCUCUAUUCCCCGCUGUUCUUGAACGAUCAGGGGUUUUGCUCUGUCCUCUGCGAGUCACAAUUAACGUUGCUACUUAGGGCGGGCUCUGUACGACUGAAAUAGUCUUUUGUACUACUAUCAAUAUUGGGGCAGCUUAUGUGUUGCGCCCACAAUACUCAUUUUACCUUUACUGGUAUGGUAAAGCUUUGUAUAAUAAAGAAUAAAAAGUUUACAGCAUAGA